CCCAGCACACCCGAUGGCUGAUCAAGAUAAUAAUCCCCUCUCAAUCGGUAAGAUGAAUUGAAUGUUUUAUGAAUUUACCGAGAAUAUUCAAAUUCUCGCGUCUUUCUUGUGUUUCGAAAUACGUAAUAAACUUGUCCGUGCAGGUAAUCGGUCCUAAGUCUCAAAAGAACCCUUCGGAGAGUGAGAUGAACUCGUUGCACUUGGAGCGAGUUAUCUAAAAAAACUAAAAUAGAAAAACGCUGCUGGGAUCUUCCUCUUGUUUCUUUUCUUCAUAGGUAACAUUGUUGGGGAGAGUUUAUUGCAGUUAAGUGUAAUAGCACGCAAAGUAGUUCUUAAAUCUAAUGCGAAAUGUCACCAAGAAGAUCAACUGUUGUCACACGUUUACGCGAGGCAGUUACUUAGGUGCAGAAUUGUGCUGAAUCGAAUUCCCAGAAUUGAGGCAAUCGACAGAAGUCAGUUUCUACCUUACUACGAUGAAAAUUUUAUCACGAAAUUGUAGCCGAGGACCUUUAUUUCUUAACCAGAUUUGCUGC